AGGCUCAAACAAACCCUGUUUGGAUGGGUUUGAGCCCGAAAGAAUCACAAGGACUAAGCGCGUUCGGGAGAAGAAGGUGCAGCUGGGAAUGGGCGGCGGAUUCAGAUCGCGCGUGGACCACUACCUCUACAGCGGCGACAAGAAGCACGUCGUCGCGGGCAUCGCCAUCAUCGCCGCCGUCUUCGGCGUCCCCUGGUUCCUCACCACCCGAGGAACGAAGCAUCAAUCUCACCAAGAUUACAUGGAAAAAGCUAAUAAAGCGAGGAGCGAGCGGCUCUCUUCCGGCCAAUCGUCGCUGAAGUAAUAAUGAAGGAACUUUUUUAUUUUGUGAGGCCACAGUUGAUCCAAAUUUUGUAGAACAUGAACUUUUUUCUUGUUUUGAUUUAAAAGAUCCUCUGUUAUCUGACAGUAGCUGGUGAUACAUGAAUAAUAACGAAUGCCGUUAGGGCGUAUUACGAAUAUGAUUAUUUGGAUCUCAAAAUGUAGCAGUUUGAUUUGUGUGGAUGUAUCGAAGAUGAAAUGUUCUUGUGACAAACUCUUUUUAGUUGCAGGAAAUUGUAGUGUGUGAUCCUUUCUUAUUGA